AUGCCGUCUCUCCGAACGACCGUCUUGGCUGUUGCCGCCUCUUGCGUUGCCGUUGUCAACGCUGACUACUACAUCGACCCCGACAGUGUGCCCAUCUCCCAGCGACGAGUUUGGUGCCAGAAUACCAAGGAGUCAUGCCCGCUCAUCUGUGGGCAGACCAGUAAGGGUGAGCCUAAGGUGAACAGCUGUGAUCCUGAAACCCUCACCUACGGCUGCAUUUGCAGCGACAACAAGCAACCCAACGUGUCGGAGUACUCCCUGACUAUUCCCUACUACGUCUGCCAGGAAUGGGGCAACCAGUGCGUUGAGGACUGCAAGGGAAGCAACUCUUGUGCCUCUUCUUGUCGAGAGGACCACCCUUGCGGUGCCAGCGACCCCAAGAGGUACAACACAACCGCGACUGCCACUGGCACUGAGGCCGUCAAGGCCACAGCCAGCGCAACCGACGAUGCGGACACCAUCUUCACAGGCAACCCCGGCGGCGAUGACGAUGACUCCGACUCGGACAGCUCUACCAGCAAGAACGGCUCCUCGGCUCUCGAGGCCGGCCGAACAUGGGGCCUGGCAGUCGUGCUGAGCACCAUGUUUGUGGGAUUCGCGAUGCUGUAA